UUUUAUUUUUUUUUUGUAUUCCACUCUUUCUUAUUCUGUCUUUCUCUCCUCUCUUCCCUUGCUCUCUGAUUCAUUCUGACGCGCUGUCGCUCCUUCAUUUCAUCGCGUUCAUCUUUAGACGACUGCAUCGCUCCAUCCUCAUCUCAUUAAUAUAAUGUCCCUCUCGCUCGCCGCGGCCAUUCCGCGUUCCACUGGUCGAUGGGUCUGCUCACUCACUGCCACCCGUCAGCGCCUCUUUCACUCUGGCAUCCCUCGUGCUGCCUCAGCAGCACCAUCACAACAGCUACAAGCUUCAAAUGACUACUCGCAAUAUGGAAAGACAUUCGACAAGAUUCUGAUCGCCAACAGAGGAGAGAUUGCAUGCCGUGUCAUUAGGACUGCAAAGAAGAUGGGCAUCAAGACUGUUGCCAUUCAUUCCGAUGCUGAUGUCAACAGCUUGCAUGUUCAGCUUGCAGACGAGGCUGUCAACGUGGGGCCCGCGCCUACCUCGCAGAGUUAUCUUAAUAUCCCAAACAUUAUUAAGGCCAUCAAGGACACUGGCGCCCAGGCCGUACACCCUGGCUACGGUUUCCUGUCUGAGAACGCAGCCUUUGUCAAGGCCUUGGAUGAGGCUGGUGUCACCUUCAUUGGACCUUCACAAGAGGCAAUGGCGGCAAUGGGAGAUAAGAUUCAGAGUAAGAUCAUUGCCAAAGAGUCCAAGGUUAACAUCAUUCCUGGUUUCAAUGGCGUUGUUCGUGAUGUUGACCAUGCCCUCGAGAUCUCCAGAGAGAUUGGUUACCCUGUCAUGCUCAAGGCCUCUGCUGGAGGCGGAGGAAAAGGAAUGCGUAUUGCCUGGAAUGAUGACGAAGUUAGAGAUGGCUACAAAAUUGCCAAGACCGAGUCUUUGGCUUCUUUCGGUGAUGAUCGUCUAUUGAUCGAAAAGUUCAUCGAUAAUCCUCGCCAUAUCGAGAUCCAAAUCAUUUCAGACAAGCAUGGCAACACUCUCUAUUUGCCUGAGCGCGAGUGUUCUAUUCAGCGAAGAAAUCAAAAAGUAAUUGAGGAAGCUCCCUCAACUCACAUUGACGAAAAGACUCGUAAGGCCAUGGGUGAACAAGCUGUGAUGCUUGCCAAGCAUGUCAAAUACUCCUCUGCUGGAACGGUUGAGUUUUUGGUCGACUCUGCUCGCAACUUCUACUUCUUGGAGAUGAAUACCCGUCUUCAAGUCGAGCACCCAAUUACAGAAUAUAUCACUGGUAUGGAUCUAGUUGAGCAAAUGAUCCGUGUUGCUGCCAACCAGAAGUUGAUCGCUAAGCAGGAGGAUAUUAAGAUCAAUGGAUGGGCCAUUGAAUCUCGUGUCUACGCCGAAGAUCCUGAAAAAUACUUGCCUUCCAUCGGUCGUCUGUCCAAAUAUAUCGAACCUACUUCAACUAAGGGCCAGAAUGAAGUGCGUUGUGACUCUGGUAUUGUCGAAGGGUCCGAGAUCAGCAUUUACUAUGACCCUAUGAUUUGUAAGCUCUGUACCCAUGGUGCUACCCGCGAAGAAGCCAUUGAGAAUAUGAAGCGUGCGCUUGAUUCGUAUGUGAUCAAGGGCGUCACCCACAACAUCCCUUUGCUUCGUGAGGUUGUCUCCCAUGACCGUUUCGCUUCCGGCAAGUACUCGACAAAGUUUUUGGCUGAGGAAUAUCCUACUGGUUUUAAGGGCCAUGUACCCAACCCCACUUCCCUUGCCCAGCUUGUUUCCUUGGCCGGUUUGAUGCAUGCCAAACGCGAACUUCGUAACUGGGCAUGGGGUCAUGGACGCGAAGCUCUCUUGAAAGGAGAUCUUCAAGGAAUAGCGCCUCACAGCUGGGAGCUUUUCAUUGGAGUUCAAGGUGUGGAUGAGAAGAUGCCUGUUAAGAUUGAGAAGCUCGGAAAGGGCGCCAAUGGCGAGGAUGAGUUUGAAAUCCACACCCCUGGCAUGGCUCCAUUCAAAACCUCAGCUCGCUGGCCAUUGGAAUCUCCCUUGAUUACUAACAAGUUUGAUAAUGGUGAGGAAGUCACUGUCCAGUAUUUGGACGCACUUCCCCUUGGUUUCCGUGUUCAACACUUGGGAACAAAGUUUGACAUCACGAUCAAUACCCCUGCACAACAUGCACUUUCGAAAUACAUGCCCAUUAAGGAGAAGGCCUCAACCACCAACAUGAUUCUCUCGCCCAUGCCUGGGUCAGUUGUUUCUGUUGAUGUCAAGGUUGGUGAUGUGGUUGCUGAAGGCACAGCUGUUGCAACCAUUGAGGCCAUGAAGAUGGCUAACGUACUGCGUUCAGUGCGUGCUGGUAAAGUCAAGAGCGUCCUGGUCAAACCUGGCGACUCUGUUGCGGGUGAAGAGCUUUUGAUUGAAUUUGAGGAUGAGUCUAAGGAGGCUGGCAAAACCGAGGAAAAGAAAUAGACGACCAGCUCAGCUUUUUAGUUUUUUUUUUACAAUUAUCGAAUAAAAAUGUAUUGGUCUGAUUGAU